AUGUCUGCAGCCAAGCGUGCCAAAGGAAAAACCACAAAGAAGCGUCCGCAGAGGGCCACGUCCAACGUCUUCGCCAUGUUCGACCAAUCACAGAUCCAGGAGUUCAAAGAGGCCUUCAACAUGAUCGAUCAGAACAGAGACGGAUUCAUCGACAAGGAGGACCUACACGACAUGCUGGCCUCUCUUGGGAAGAACCCGUCUGACGAGUAUCUAGAGGGAAUGAUGAGUGAAGCUCCAGGACCCAUCAACUUCACCAUGUUCCUCACCAUGUUUGGAGAACGUCUGAACGGAACUGACCCUGAAGACGUCAUACGAAAUGCCUUCACAUGCUUCGAUGAAGAUGCUUCUGGUUUCAUCCACGAGGACCAUCUCCGCGAGCUGCUGACCACCAUGGGGGAUCGUUUCACAGAUGAAGAAGUGGACGAGCUCUUCCGCGAGGCGCCGAUCGACAAGAAAGGAAACUUUAACUAUGUGGAGUUCACUCGCAUCCUCAAACAUGGAGCCAAAGAAAAGGACGACAUAUAAAAACCAGCAGCAGAUCCAUUCAGCGUCUGAUUUCGUACGUGCAGAUCGUAGCCAACACUUCAGGUUUUUGUUAAAGACAACAAGAAACUAAACUGCAAUGCACUAGACACCUUUCAAAACACCUUACCAUAUCACACUGGCAAACACACUUUAGAUCCAAUAUUUGAUCUGUUUUCUCUCUGUCUAUCUCCAAAUAAAAUCACCUGGGUAAGUUA